AUGACGUGGUCGUUGAUGUUACGAUCCAUUUCAAGACGUUCUAGUCGUGCUUUCUCGAUUGUUUCAGCAAGAUCAACUGCUUCCUUGUGUUCUCCAUCGUUUGGUAUUGCGUUUGAUAUUGACGGCGUCUUCAUACGUGGUGACCAUGCACUUCCAAAGGCAAAGCAAGUACUGCGAUCACUGCAGAAGAAUAAAGUUCCUCAUAUCUUUUUGACCAAUGGUGGCGGUUGCAUGGAAGAGGACAAAGCCAAGAACCUCAGUCGGAUUCUUGACUGGCCAAUUCAUUCGGAUCACAUGAUCCUCUCGCAUACGCCAAUGCGUGAGCUCGCCAAGAUUUAUGCACACAAACGAGUGCUUGUCAUGGGCUCCCAUGAUGUCUGGCGUGUCGCUGAAUGCUAUGGUUUCAAAAAGGUUGUGAGGGUGGAAGACUUACUGCACCAUUAUCCGACGCAGUAUCCAUUCAUCCAUUACGAUCAAAGUAGACCGGCACCGCACCACGAUGAGCCCAUUGAAGCUAUCAUUGUGAUGCACGAUCCGAUCAAUUGGGCACCAGAAAUUCAAGUUGCAGUGGAUGUACUUGUUGGUGGUGACCCGCCUGGAAGUGGACGCCCGUCUGGUAAACAGAUACCGUUGUUCCUAAGUAACGAUGACUUUGUCUUUAGCGGGGCAUAUCCAGCUCCCCGGUUUGCUCAAGGUGCUUUCACGAGAUGUUUGAAACUGCUGUAUGAAGGCCUUACCGGGCGCAAGUUGGAUGUGACAAACUAUGGCAAACCCUAUAAGGUCACGUAUAAAUACGCGCAAAGUCUUUUAAAUACUGUCUCGGGACAAGGCAAACCGCUGAAACACUUGUAUGGUAUCGGUGACAACCCUCAGGCCGACAUUCAGGGUGCAAACAAUGCUGGUGAUGAAUGGACUUCCGUACUCGUUCGAACGGGUAUUUAUGAUGGCUCGUCGGACCCCGAACAUGAAGCUGACGUCGUCGUUGACGACGUCUACGAUGCUAUCAAGCACAUUUACAAGUGUGAGGGCAUCAACGACUCCACAUUGUGA